UACACGAACAUUAAAUUUUUUAAAUAUAUUAGUUUGAAAGUCCUAUCUACUGAUUAGUUUUAAAGAUCCUAUGGUGGAAAAACAGAAAUGAUUUGAAAUUUGUUUUUGUUUUAGUUAAUAUACAUUUUGUCAUGUCAGGGUUUUUAUAGCCAACUAUACGGUAUGGGUGUUUCUCCAUAUUGAAGGCUGUACUGUGACUUAUAGUUGCUUAAAUCUGCAUCUAAAAUCAAAGAAAAUAUGAUAGAUGGAUUUUGGAAAAAAGGGAGAGGGCUUAAAAUAAUUGUCCUGUCUCCAAGUGCCUAUGACUCAGUUUGAUACCUUUUCUAAAAUUCUCCAGACAUAAAAUCUUUUACAAAAAUUAUUCCUACAACAGUUUACAUACUUUUUCCAAGGGUAACUCCAAACUUUGGUUUGCCAGGCACCCCCCUCAACCCCCCUCCUUUUUUUCAUAAUCCUAGAUCCACACCUGUACGCGACAAGAACAUUUUAAUGUGAUAUGAAUAGUUUACCAGGGAACAGUUUGCAGGAACAUAUCACCAUACAAGGGCACAAUAUUCUGACUUCUAGCAGACCAGUCUUUUGCUGUUACUCCUUCAUGCCAGGUGCUUUGUAGAGAAGCAGCAAAUAUCAAUUUUCAAGUCUUUAGUAUGACCCAGCCAUAAAGAAAAAGAAAAAGAUGAUGUACAUGUACUUAUCAGAGUUCAAGGUUAAGGAAAUAUUUACGAUUGUGUAAAUAAACGUAUAUAAUCAGUUACAUUUUUCGAUUAAAUAUAAGAUAGCUAUCAAAAUGUGGGGAUUUAUUAUGUGGUUGAUUUUAAUGUGGAACCAGACAUUUCGAAAUUCAGGUCAACGUGGAGGAAAAAAUUAUCAUCUUGAAAUAGACACUUAUAAUGUCCAGAACAAUUUUACACAUUUUUGGAGAAGUACAGGAUUUUGUCCACCACUUCCACACGAGAAAGCAUAUGAUUAUGAUUUUGGUAGAGACAUGAAGCAUAACUUGGCUCUGAUUGGUUCAGUUGCCCAUGGGGGAAUAAAGCAAGUCAGAAUUCAUUGGCUGUUAGAUCUGGUUUCUAUGACUACAAAAAAAGAUGGUGGUCUUGUUUACAAUUAUGACAAACUUGAUGAUUUGCUGGAGUUUCUUUUUGAACAAGAAUUAAAACCUGGAUUUGAAUUAAUGGGGUCUCCGUCUGGAUAUUUCAAUGAUUUUGAAAACAAGACUCAAGUCUAUUUAUGGAAGGAUUUUAUUAAAGAUUUAGGUCAACAUUUUGUGGCCGAGUAUGGUUUAAGUGAAGUAAUGACAUGGAACUUUGAGACCUGGAACGAACCAGACUGUCAUGACUUUGACAAGGUUAAAAUGACCGUGAAGGGUUUUCUUAAUUAUUACGAUGCUUGUUCAGAGGGUCUGAAAGAAGCGAGUCCAUUAAUCAAAUUUGGUGGACCAGGCGCAGGAUGCGAUCGUCCAGGUCAUAACCAAUAUGCAGAUGGACUUUUACAACAUGUUGUAAAUGGUCAAAACUACUUUACCAGGGAGAAAGGUGUCAGGAUUGAUUUUCUGUCAUAUCAUAGGAAAGGCGAUGGCUUCUCUAAAAAUAUUUUAAACGGAGAGAUAGAAAUAGUCAACGAGAUAAAGAAAAAAUACCCAUCUUUAGCAAACAAACCAUUUUAUAAUGACGAGGCUGAUCCUCUCGUUGGUUGGUCUAAGUAUGAAGAUUGGAGAGCAGACGCUACUUAUGCUGCUAUGGUUGCCAAGGUGAUAAGCCAACAUCAGAAUAUGAUUAUAGUCAAUCAAAAUUCACCAAUAACUAAUUUUACACUACUAAGUAAUGAUAAUGCAUUUUUGAGCUGGUUCCCUCAUCAGUUUACUCAGAGAACACUCACAGCUCGGUUCCAGAUGAAUAAUACAAACCCACCUCAUGUGCAAUUUGUACGGAAACCAGUCCAUUCUGUCAUGAGCUUGCUUAGUUUACAUGGCGAUCAACAACUUAAAGCUAUUCUGACAGUGGAGAAUAACUUUAGUCAGAGGGUCAAAGUUCAGAAUGAUAGCAACCUUGGUGUGCUUGUUACUCGUCAUUACUAUGACGGGCUUGGUACUCCUGAUUCAUGGCAGACCACUGUCAUGGUUUAUCAAAGUAUGGAUACAAAAUCUGAUCCACAAGAAAUAAGUUCUGUGGAAUUGAGUAUUCUCCUUGGACCUCCAUAUCCUAAUGGGACAACUGUUACUGCUGUGGGCUAUUCCGUCAAUAAUAACUUGACAAGUAAUCCUUAUGCGAUGUGGAAAAACUUUGGAAGUCCAGAUUUUCCUUCUGUUUCACAUUUCACGAGCAUGCGUCAGGCUGAAGGACCAACUAGAUUUCUAAAUGCCUCUUUUAUUGAUUUUAAUAAUCCACAUACUUUGAAAUUUAAUAUUCGGACACCGGAGUCAAUUCUUCUGCAUUUCUGCGCAAAUGCACUCCAACAGCCUGAUCAGGUGACCAAUCUCGCCAUUUAUAACGUGACUGCAGGCAAAGUCCUGAUAACUUGGUCUGAUGGUUGUGUAAAUACAAAAUGUAUAUGGACUUACGAAGUCAUUUUCCAGCCAAAAAAUACAAAAGUCAUGAUAAGGAUAAAUGACUAUGAUAUUAUUAUCACUUCGUUUUAUUUUACUCCACCUGAGGAAAAAGAUGACUAUGUGGAGGGAACUUACCGGGUCAGAGCUGUCGAUUACAAUGGACGGACAGGAGUAGUGUCACUUCCAGUCAAAUAUGGAAACUUUUAAUGUCUGGUGUGCAGUGCUGCAGAAUCAAACAACAGUAAUAAAUUAGUACAACAAUAAAACUACCUUUUGCAUCUAUGGUAAUUAUCAUGGAUGAUUUUUGGAGUGAUUUUGCUUGUUGAAAUUAAAAACAAAUUGUUGUACAUGUAGUACUAGAAAACAAAUUUUCUGAAUAUAAUAGCUAGUAUUUCAAUAUGACACUGACAUUUAAUGGCAAAAUUGUUUGAAGGGAAGAAAAAAAAACAUAAAUGCAAGACCAUAUGUUAUUAUAAUCAUGGAUGAUUUUUACAGUGAUUUUGCUCCUUGCAAUUAAAAAAAAAGAAAUUGUUGUAUAUGUAGUAUUAGAAAAUAACUUUUUUGAAUAUCAAAACUAUACUUUAUAAAUUUGGUUCAUCCAAAGACUAAGAAAAAUGCUUUUCUGAAUACAUGGAUUAUAAUAGCUAUAGUAUUUCAAUAUGGCACUGACAUUUACUGGCAAAAUUGUUUGAAGGGAAGAAAAAAAAAUAUAUAAAAGCAAGACCAUACGUCAUAAAACUAAAACACACAAUAAACAAACUGCACUAUGCAGCUUCAUGAACCGCAACAGGAUGACCACUAACCUGAAAAGGAGAUGUAAAAAAUGGACAGUAAUUUGGAAAUUAACUCAUCAUACAUGUCAUACCAGGAUUGAAAAUUUGUAUGCCAAACGCUAGUCUCUACAAUAGACUCAUCAGUGAGCACAAAUCAGAAAAGUUAAAAAGGCCAAAUAAAGUACGAAGUUGAAGAGCACUGAGGACCCAAAAAUCCCAAAAGUUUUGCCAAAUACAGCUAAGCUAAUCUAUUCCUAAAACAGUGUCAAAAUGGGCUUGCUUCUUCGGGAAGCAAGCUUAAAAGUAGCUAUACAGCUGUUAAUUGGAUUUCUGCUGUUGAAAAAAACUAAAAA